GUUAAUGUUUGGAGGAAGCUGGAUGUGGACAGAUCGCUGAUUACAUGCAUAUUGUCUCGGGCGCAUAGAGAGUGCCGGCGGCGGGCGGCCGCUCCGCGCUGUCCGCACGCCGCUCGGCGCGGCACUCGCGCGGCUCGCCACCACCAUUCGACUCGAGUCCCCCGAGCACGCCGCACGCACCGCGCUCGCUCCGCCAGCGAAACUUUACUCGUUCGUCGCAAGUGAAUCAAGUGCUGUUUCUUAACAUACUCUCAAAAACUGACUGUUUUGGUUUUGUGCUGUUUUUGUUUGUUUUGUGACCACAUUGGAGGUGAUCAGUUUAUUUUCAAUACGGCCGUCUGUUUACGGGCUGCGACUGGCGGGUUCUAGUGCCCGUUAUAAUGUGACCGGCGCACGACGAAGCGCUUCCCUCAAGGUGUUUGCGAUGUGGUACACGUGGACAACGGUAUUGCUGGUGUCGUGUGCACUAGUGAAGGCGGAACCCGGGGCAGAGCCGCCGGCGCCGGCGCCUGUGGCCACCACCCGCGCCCCGCCGCGCACCCUCGACCGGCAGGCCGCUGAGCUCGCCUGGAAGUCUUGGCUCCAGAGCCCAGAGAGCGGCAACCAAAAUGCCCCUCCGCGGAGAAUCACCACCAAGUCCCUGUUUAUUACGCCUCUGAAUUGCCCUGAAGGCCAGAGACUCGAUCGGAACGGUUGCGUACAGGUGGUGACUGUAAACAAAGACGAACAUGAACGUAUUCUGCUGGAGCAUCUGAAUGCUUGGUUCGUCACUUCAGCUCCAAGCGGAGACGUGUUGUACGACUACGGUGAUGCUGAACCAGGACCGUUGCAGCUUUCAAUACCCAUUGGUUUAGAUCCCCAAGCGGCACCGCUUCAGGGACAAGAGCCGUCGGCACAGGCUCAAGAGCUGCAGCCGAACUACGUAAAGAUUGACAAAAAAGACGAGACUAAAACAAAUGGCGACGCUAGCAUUGAAGCUGAACUAGAAUUGUUAAAACUUCAAAAUUCACUUCAAAACGACACAGCUACAGUCGAUGGUUCCUACAUGGUAAACCAAAAUGUUUUGACUAACGCGCAUCAUCCAGAUAAACCUAAGCGUGACAGCCCUGUCGCUAAUAUAACUGAAAUAGAAUCAGUAAAUAAUAAUACCGACGAAGGACAAAAGGAAUUAGUUUUUGGACACGUUAAUAUUGACCCCAUUCUUUUCAAUACACAAAACCAGACUGUGACAGAUAAUCAAGAAAAUAGUAAGGAAUCUAUCUUAACUGAGAUUGAGAAUAUUGCGACGAAUAUUGCUGAAGCCAAUACGGCAAUUCAAAAUAUAACAAAAUCUGAAACUAAGAAUGAAACAGAUGCGUCCAACGCAUCUCCACAAAUGUUGAAAAAAGACGGUGAUCAGAGCAAGCUAAGUCCCGAGAACGACUAUUCCGACAUUGGAGAAGCGAUUAAACUCAUAAGUAGAUAUGCUGACGUUACUACUGACGACAAUUAUACCAAAGAACAAAACAAACAUGUACUGAAAGACGACAGCAUUUUGGGCACCCGUACUAAACUUCAAUAUCGUCGCAAUAAACCAAAAGAUCAGGAUAUGGAAGCUAUGUCUGCCCAUGCUCCCCUAGAUGUGGCUAUUAAUAACAAAGCUCCAGCGCAUAUUUACCCCAAAUAUGAUGUGUUUUAUCGCUAUCCUUGGCAAAGUCAGCACUCUCCAACACCGCCACCGGAUUAUCCGUUCCGUUAUCUGCAAGAUUAUUGGCCUGGCCGUAACCAAGUGGGCGGUGUAUACAACUCACAUGAGAACCCUCGGCGUCACCAUCAUUCUUAUCCCCAUAACUUCCGGCUUCACGGCUAUCCCCAUGCAAGUUACGCAGGCGUAGCAGCAGCAUACCCCGACCAACUGAAGGGAUACAUCCGUCGUAUGGUCCAACACCAUGCUAACCCGAUGCGAUCUCACACGAACAACCAGGACCUCUACAGUCUCCUCGGCCUGAGACAUUGGUUUAGCAGUGAAGGAACUUCAAAAAGAUAGCUUUCACACAGCUAUGUUAGACAAUUCGAUGUUACCCGACGACGUAUAAUGGAAGCUAUGGGGAAAAUGAUUAUUGCCCUUAUGUAGACUAAACAUCUUAUUACAAUUACGAUUAAUAGGCACAACCCUAAUAACAAAUAUCGUAGCUACUUAGCAUGUGCAAGUCAAAGUUAUUUAAAAUAAUUUUUAUUCUCUCUUAUUCCGUUCAGGCAUUUCUGUCCAUAGCUUUCAAUAUAUUAGCCUAUUUAUUUCAAAGCCAAAUAUUACAGUCAUAAUUAAGUUAUUAUAUUUUUGUUAGAAGUUUUAAGUUCUGUAAAUAUCUUCUAAUUUAAGUGUUUUAUUUUGCUACUGAUAAAUUGUUCACAUAGUAUUAUUGUUGUUUUAUAUUAUGUUGAUGUAAAUUGUUCUAAUGAUGAUAAUUAUCAAUUUAUAUUUAUUUGAUGUAUAUUUUUAUAUAAUUUUUUCGUUGUGAAUGUAUUGUCUUUAGAUGUUUGCUGUUUGUAGUAGGUAUCGCAAAAUAUAAGUAUUAUUAUUUAUACAUAUUUGUUUGUUUAGGUAUACUGAUUAAUUGGCACGGGCUUGCCAGCAAUUUUCUCAAGAAGCUAUUCCUUUCUAUUGAUACUUGUAACCCAACUCAAUGUUUUGUGUUUAUGAUGUGUGUAGAUAUAGCUAGUAGGUGUUUGUUCGUAUUUUUAGUUUCAAACAAUUUAAAUGCAAAAUCGGACACUUAAAACCCACCAAAACAUGUACUCCGCAAAAUGCAACGUUCUGUAUGUAACUAUCUAUAUUAUAUACCUUCUUAACUAAGUGUAUACUUGCCACUUUAGUAAUUUAAGUUUAUAUAAAUUCUUCUUCUCGAUACCGCAAGAUGUUAUUUUACAUGCUAAAUAUAAGUGAAAGGCUUUAUUCGAGAGUACUUGCAUUUCAAAAUACAUUCACAUUUUUGUGCUUUCGUAACUCAAGGGCUGAAUACCUACAUUACCGAACUAUUUACAUAUUAUUACACAAUAACGAUCCCACCAAAGCUUAGUUUAAGUAUUUAGUUUUUCGUCGCAUUAUAACUUACUAUGUAUAUGAAACUUUCUAGAAAGUAGAUGAAUUAAAUGUAUUUUUAUAAUCUGAUAUAUUUAUGGUUUCGAAAUUAAGAUAAAUAUUAUUCUGAAUAGGCUCAAUGAUGUGACUCCUAACUUAUAUUAUAUCAGUUUUAAAAAUUGAACAUCACUUUAUAACGAGGUGCAACUUUGUAAAUUUUAAGUUACGAAAAAUGAAUUUUAGUGAUAAAGGUACAAAAUAAUAUUUCUUUUUAAAGAAUUAGCAAUUUAGAUCUGUUUUUACAUCCCUGGGGUUGUGCUGCUUAGCCAAUCAUGUUUUAGGCAAGUCUCCAAUUACCUUCAAGUAAUGUAUUUGUGAUUUAAUUCAUAUCUGUUCACUACUACAAAAAUAUACAUAUCCUCUAUAAAUAUAUAAUUCCCUCAAUUUAUUAGUUAAGGAAAAUAAUUAUAUUUGCCAUUAUCUCUUCUAUUUUUGUGUCAUGUUUAUGCAUGUAGGUUUUGCAACUUUGAGCCUAAUACGCGUUUAGAUUAUAUAGAGACAGAAGUAAGUUUACCACAAGUUUUUUUCAAUCUCCAACAAAAGUUGGGGAAGAACUAUUCAGUAGCACUUUAAGGAUGAUUAAGAGGUUCAUGUUUUUUAUUGUACUCAUGGACUCUUUGCUUUAGCUAAACACAAGUUCUAGAUACUGAAUAGUAUAUGUACAUCAUAAAAUCCACAAAAACAAGAAAUCCUUAUUGUGAUAAACUUCUUCUGUAUUAAAGCCUCAUAUACAUUUUAUAAAAACUCCAGUGUAUUUUUUUAAAUAUAUUUUGGUUAGCUGUAUUUCUAACCCUCAAGCUAACCAAAUAAUCUGUGUAGUAUGUAUCAUUAAAAAGUACAAAAACGGCCUGAAUUCAUAUAUUUUAAAUCGAAAAAAAACUUAAAUAUAAAAAUACUUUUAUGAAAUUAAAAAUUGGCUUUAUUAAAAACGCCUGUUUUUGUACUAUGCAAAAAGUUUAUUUUAAUGCAUAUAAUAUGUCUACUUGUUCCAAGAUUUACGUAUAUAUUAAAUCUUAAAAAUAUCAAAUGGACUAUUGUACAAAUAUUAUAAGAUUUUAGUCAAUAGAAUAUUGAUCAUCAAAAUGUCUUGAAAAUUAUAUAAAAUCUAAGAAAAUUUGCUUAUUCACUGGAUGAUGAUAUUUGAUGAAUAUUUAUAACUAUAAAUUUAUCAAUGCCAGUAUUUUAUUGUAAAUAGUAAAUGUGUUACAUUAAAACUGAAAUCAAAUUGA